AUGCUUUGCUCCUGCGCAAUCCAUGCCUGCGCGAACUCGUUUAUUCUGAUAAAUAAGACCGAGGCGGACCAGACAAAGCCAGAGCCUUUGUAUCAGAACAGCAGAGUCCGACAGUCAAAUCAUACCUACAUAACAUUAAAGCUUAAUCUAGAUCUACUAUGUCCACUCAGUGAAUUGGCCAACGGCACGCCGCACAUCCCGGUUAGAGACAUGUGCGCCUGGGUUGACUGCCCACUCGCCCAUGAUAAUUAUCAGGUUAUCUCCAUCCUCACCGGACGGAGCUGGAAGAUAGAAUCCUUCCAUAUCUGUAAGCAGUACAAGACACUCGCGGUGAUAGAGAAACAAAAGCAUGCUGGAGCAUAUCCAGAAUAUCAGUUCUCGCUGUCAAGUAAGAAGAAACAAUCGCGGACUGGAAGACCCAGUUCUCAGAAAUUAAUAUUAUAUUUAGAGAUAUUUUCCAAAGUCAGCUAA